AAAUUAAUGUGAAAUAAAGUAGAAAGUUAAUAGCAGAUAAAGGACCAGCAUGAAAAUUUUUAAUAAAUCAUAAACAUUUAAUACAUUUGUUAGUUUUAGUGUUUGAAUUUUCGGCUCUAGUGCAUAGAAGUUUAAGUUCUCUUCAAUAUGGCACGUGAGCCAAUUGUUUUAAAUGUAUAUGAUAUGUACUGGAUUAAUGAAUACACUUCUGCAUUAGGCCUUGGAGUUUUUCAUUCUGGUGUUGAAGUAUAUGGUACAGAGUUUGCUUAUGGUGGCCAUCCAUUUCCAUUUUCUGGCAUUUUUGAAAUUAACCCUAGAGAUGCAGAUGAUUUGGGAGAACAGUUUAAAUUCAAGCAAUCUGUAUUAAUAGGCCAUACAGAUUUCACAGACAGUGAUGUUAGACAGAUAGUUGAAGAACUGGGGAAACAGUUUCGUGGAGAUUGGUAUCAUCUAAUAACAAAAAACUGCAAUCAUUUUUCAGGUGCUCUCACCCAGAUUCUUUGUGGUAAAGACAUUCCAUCUUGGGUGAAUCGUCUCGCAGACAUGAGCUCUCGAGUACCAUUUCUCCAGCGUUGCCUGCCUAAAGAAUGGCUCACUCCCAUUGCUCUUCAAGCAUCCAUACAGGAAGCUGAAAAUGCAUCUAGUCAACAGAAAGAAGAAAAUCAGCUUUGACGAUCAGCCUCAUGGCCUGGGGCGCAUUAACCCUGAAGUGCCAUUUUUGAGGGAUUUUUUCCCUUACCAAUUCGUGGCAGAAAUUGAGUUAAUCUCAAGUCUGUUACUUGUGGCAUUUUAAAUUAUACUGCUCAUUUUUAAAACCAAAUAUUGAUGAUAAAUUAUUUAUGAUAUUUAACUUUGUGUAUCAGUAUUUCUCCCUGUGAACCGGCCACUUUCCAUCUACAGUAAAUUCCAUGUAGUCGUUUUAUUAUCAAAUGCAUUGUAUUUGUUAACAUUAACUAUUCUCUAGAAUACAUUUUAUUAAUCCUGUUGAAUUUUUGAUACUUUUUUAAUGAAUGAAACAUAUUUUUGUGAUGUAAAUCACAUGUGUGUCUGUUUUAAUAUUUAGUUCCUAACAAGCAAAAAUUUAAAAAGAAGGAGUGAAGACUACUUUUAUUUUAGCAACCCAUAGCAUA